AUGGCCGAGAAUUUUUGGAAAAGCUCGCAUUGGUACGUUUAAAAGUUUUGGCCGGUUACUUUGGUUUGUAUUUUAGUAAAGAAUGGAUUUUGGAGCGAGCCGACCUUUCUCGAGACCGUGGAGACGAUUUGAAGAUUUUUGGAGAAGAGGAGUACCAAAAGAUUAUGAUCUUCUAUUGUAAUUGUGAGUUGCCUCUUUUAUUUUUUGCUUCUGAAUUUUUAGGGCUUUUUGUUCUUUUCUAGCAGAACAGUCGAAUGUUCUGUGCUUAUAGUAAUAAUAUAAUUUUAAUGUCUAAAAUUAUGUCUGUUUCAGUAAUCCAAGCCGUUGGUGCAGAUAACAAGCUCAGACAACAGAUUGUAGCGACGGCCAUGACUUACUUUAGGCGGUUUUAUGUUAGGUGAGCUUUUUAUUUAUUGGCCUUAUUGUUUUAGACGUUCAUUGAAGGAUAUCGAUCCAAUUCUGAUGGCUGGGACGUGCGUUUUUGUUGCAUCCAAGACCGAGGAAUUUAUGAUCCUGUCUACGACGCGGAUAGCCAAUUUCAUCAAUUCCUAUUGUAAGUAUUGUAUCCUUUUAGUUUAAAGUUUAGAGACAAGAUGGUAACUAAAAUUAUAUUUUCUUCUAGUGCGUCGAUACACGUCCAAACCCGAAUUUUCAUUGAGACCUCAGUUCAUCCACGAGGCAGAGUUCAUGUUGCUGCAGAUAAUCGAUUGUUCCCUAUAUGUUUGGCAUCCUUACAGAAGUCUGAAGGUUUUAUUCCAAGUCAGUUUCAUUGUUAUUUUGUUUUUGAUGUUUAGGUGAAACAUGAAUUAUUGGGUUGUCGUUUAGGAUCUAAAAGAGCAAUCAGUGAGGAAUGUGGACGAGUUACAUUCCGAUGUUUGGAUGUUGAUCAACGAUUCGUAUAGGACCGAUACUGUUCUGUUAUUCCCUCCGUUUGUGAUAGCAUUGGGUAAGUUGUUGUUUAAAUGUGAUGAAAUUCAAUAAUUGAGGCCUCUGCAACUUGUUUCAUACCAACAAAAAAUCUUUAUUUUUUUUUGAUCCUUCGAUGAAAAAAAUUAUUUACACUGCCAAAUUUCGAUAUCACACCAAAAUUUUAGCGUGUAUUAUGGCGGCGGCGAUGCUUCGGAAAUGCGAGAAUGACAUUCUUCCAUGGCUGAUUCAACUACACACUGACUUUGAAAAGGUUUUGGAUUGUCAACGGGUACUCUUCAACUUCUUCCGAAUCGAUAAAGGGUUCAAGGACAAGGAGGUCUUCGAAGAAAUCAUAAUCAGAAUUCCCAAACCUGAUCCUGUUCUGAAGGAUUAG